UUCUAAAGAAGAACAACAAGUACAUUCAAAAAUAUUACAAACGAAAUAUCCAUCUGAAAGGAUCGAUUGGAUGGAAUCUAUUCAUGUUUCGAUGACAUUAAAUGAUACGAAAAAUGAUGAUAUUUCAAAAGAAAUGAAUGAUUUUGCUCGUAAACAUCGUAUUAAAUCUUCCAUAAAGGAUAUUUAUUAUGAUCCUUGUUCAAAUGAUAAAAUAUAUGAAGAAAUAGAAUUAUACGAGGAAAAUCCUGAUGCUGCUAAAGCUUAUGUAUCAUGGCUGAAAAAUCGUAAGAAAAAGGAUAACAUUGAUAACACUGUUAAAUCUGGAAUACAAAAUACAUUGAUUUCUGAACUUAGGAAAAAUUUAUUAGAAAAUCAAGAGAAAUGUUUCGACGAAUUAUUGGCACGUCGAGUACUAGAUCAAUCGCAUUACGAAAAACAAAUAAUAACUAAAUUGUCGGAGGUACUUAAUCAGAAAAAUGUUAUGACUGAGAACAGAAGGAUAGUUGAUGAAUUGAUGUUAGAAGCUGAAGAGAAUAAAAAAAGAUUAGAACAAGAUAGACAAAGAGAGGAAUACGAUUGGGAAUACGAAGAAAUUGAUAUGGAAUAUCGUAGAUUAUGUGAAUUACAUUGUAAAAUUCGUCAGGAGAAAUUAAACAAAUUGCGUGAAAAACACGAAAGAAUCUGUCGAGAAGUUUUAUAUGAUUUGAUAGACAUUGCAUUGAAAUUAUCUGAAUAUCGAAGUUCAAACGAAUGUUCUUUGCCAAAAGCGAUUUGGAACGAAUGGAAAACGUUGUUCUUAAAAUGUCAGCCAAUAUUCGAAUUGUUUGAGAAUGAAUUUUCUAAAGAAGAUGAUGAUGAUGAUGAUGAAGAAGAAGAAAAAGAAGAAGAAGAAGAAGAUAUCGAAGAAAUUGUUCAAUCACGAUUGGACAGAGAAGAAAUAUUGAACGAAGCCAAUUUCGAAAAUUAUCAUACUUUGCAAUCACCUUGGGACGAAUACGUUCCAUCUACGAUUGAUCCAGAAAUUGAAGAAAUCUUAAAGUUAGGUGAACUAGUGUUAGGAUACAUAGUACAUCGACUUUUAGAAUUUGUUUAUCCUUAUCCAAGUGGUCCUUUAGAAUCACCAGUACCUAAAGUUAAAACAGCUGCUAUCGUUUUAGGUAUUAUUGAACCACGUUUGUACGAUUCUAUAGAAAUAUUAUUAAAAAAUAGUGAUAUACGUUUGGUAUCAAUGAAAGAUGCAAUUAAUUAUUGUUUGUUAAGAUACAAGGAAGAAAUGUUGGAUUUUGAAUAUAUCGAUGCAAAUAUUAUUCGUGCUACCAAUGAUAUUAUGAAAAAUCGUAAAGUUGAUAAUUUAAAAAAUAAUACAACGACUAGAUCGAAAAAAAUUCAUAAAUCUGAUCAAAUUUCUCUACGUAGAAAAGAAAAAUUGAAAGAGAAGGAUAAAGGAAAAGGUUUGAAAGAAAAAGAAACUCAAACACCACGAGUUAUACCAUACGAUGAUAUGAAUCCUAUUUUAAGUGAUGCUGCACACAUUGGAAAAUGGACAUACGAAUUUUUAAUAUUGGGUCAACCAAUUUCUAACGAAUUAAAUACCAAAAUAAUUAUUGAAUAUUUAAAGAGUUUAGGUGAAAUCGAAGGAUGGGCAUUGAUCGAUUAUCCUAAUAGUUAUGAACAAAUGAUACGUUUGGAAUUUGCUUUAACUGGUCAUCAAAUUUCUCAACAUUAUGUUGAUUCUAUUAAUGUGGUAGAAGAAUUCGAUAAAAUUAACAUAGAAGAUAUAGAUCCGGUUUCGUCGAGAAUAAUUUAUGAGGAUACUGAAAUCGAUGAUUAUAGUAUUUACAGACAGUCAAAAUUAUUGCCAAAUCCUAUAAUCAAGAAAAAUGAUAGUACUUCAACGUCAACAUUUAUGACAACUUACGUCAGAGUUAUACCAAAACCAAUUAACCUUAAAGUAGAUCCGAAUAAAUUAGUAGAAAUAUUGUCAGAUGAUGUUACACCUAUCGAUAAAUUUUAUAUCGAACAAAACAUAGCUUAUGUGGUUUAUUACGAUCAUUUCGAUACAAAUAUCAUUAAAAAAAUAGUCAGAUUAGUAAUUGGUGAUAAAUCUAUGCCAAGGACACCUUCCAUUGAAUUAUUUGGUGAAGAUGCAUUGAAAUUAUUGGAAGAACAUGAAAAACGUAAUUACAAAGAAUUUUCCCCAAAAAAAUCCAAAAUUGUUGAACGAUCUGUUUUAUCCAAAGAAAAAGAAGAAGAAGAAAAAGAAGAAGAAAAAGAUAAGAUCAAAAUGAAAGAUGACAAAGUUUCCGAUGAUCAUCUUGAUGUUCAUGGUGUAUCAACAAAACCUGGAGAAGAUGGUUGGAAAUGGUUAGAUUUACCUAUAAAUCCUAUAUUACUCGAUGCUUUGGCUACAUUAUGGGAAAAUUUGGAAGAAAUUUAUAUUUUCGAUUUGAUGGAAAUAUUUUCAUUAAAGAGAAUCCAUUCGAUGUCUGUUAUACCUUAUAAAAAUUUUUUAACCAAUAACAUGAUGAAAUUUAUUAAUAGACCUGAUAGCAAACAAAAUUUAUUACAUGAAUUUCAACAUAUGUUCAACAAUGUAAAAGAUGACACGAGAAACGACGAUGAUGUUAAAUGUGAAUUACAUUGUCGUUUGAUUGAAUUUCAAAAUGAUUUAUUUGAUAUUUGUGAUGUCAAAAGAUUGGAAUGUGAAAAGGAACGUCAAAGAAUAAUUCACGAAAAUUGGACCUCUUUCGAAGCUGUUAUAUUGAUUAAUAUUUAUCUUUCGAUAAUUCAAUGUGAAAUUGAUCGUUUUGUAGAUACUAUUCAAUUGAUACAAGAUUAUUAUACUAGUAUGCUUGAAAAAUCUAUCAAAGAAACUAGAUAUUCGAAAAUUUUACUCGACAAAUUGAAUAUACAUGAUAUCAAAUUGCAAAUGAAUGAAAAUAUGUUUGAUGAUAGUACUACUAUGAUCAAUGAUAAAUAUAUUAAAGAUAAAAUAGAUCGAAAAGAUGUGAAAAAAUCGAAAAAUAUAUCGGAUAAAUUUGAUUUUACAAAACCUGUUAUAAAUGUGCACAAUUUAAUUGAAGAAAUAACGAAUUUAUUUGUCAAUGUUGCAAAUUCAACUAGCAAUUUUGAUACAAACGAUAGUUUAAUUUAUAAAGUUAUCAAUGAUAAUGUUAAUUAUGUUAAACAAUUUGUAGAAUUUAUCGCAACUCGUGCAAAUGAGACAAUGAAAAAAGAAGAGAAUGUUUCAACUGGUAGAGAAAAAACUCGAAGAAAAGUUGACGAUGAAAAAUUGAUGAGAAUUAAGAUAAAUGAUCUUUUUCAAGAAUGGAAAUACGCCAUUUUAUUUGAAAUCAAUCGAAUAAAAAUGAGAUUGGAUGUUAUUUUAGGUUCAGCAAAAGUCGACGUUAAUUUUCUUCUCGAAACAAUGCGAUUGACGUUUCAUCAAAUUUAUGAGAAGAUAAUUGACAGGUUUUAUUUUAUUAUUAUUAUUAUAGGUUAUCUAGGUUUCGAAGUUGUUUAA